GUUUUUCCUCACGGCCCACGGGAACGUUGGGGAGCAUACAGCCCUGUGCUGUAGCUACCCCUAACAAUACAAUAACAACAACUGGUCGACUUACAGGAAGAGGACAUCAGUCUUUAUCAUCCUCAACAUAAACGCCUCUCCCAACAUCUGUACUGGUGCAGUCAUCGGGAGGACAAACCCUUCAUGCAAACUGCACCUACUAUCAAGAAGAAGAAGAAGAAGGCAUCAGUCUACUGAGCACAGUUAUCUCAGUCCAUUCACAUUUUACAGUUAUCUCAGCUUUGACUUCAGCAUCACCAUCAUGAACUCUGACGAAGAACUUGCAAGACGGCUACAAGCUGAGUUUGACGAAGAAGCUAGAGCUGCAGAAGAACAGGUGCGUCAUGAUGCAUCAUUUGCCCAAGAUGUGGCCUCUCAGUCCCAUGAUGUGUCAGAGAGUGAUGAAGAAAUUGAAGAAAUCAGCCAAGGAGCAAGGCACCAUGUGAUGCCACAUGUUAGUACAAGGAAGUUACAAGUGCUGGAUGUGGACACUGAAGAUGGAAACAAAGCAGUUUUACCUAAGAUUAACAACUCGCCACACAAGAAAGUGUCAAGUCGGAAUGUCAAGGAACACAACUUGUCUGAUGAAGAUGAGCCAAGUACUUCACAAACCAGUAAAGAACAAAAUGUUUCUGUUGACUCCCAGAAACUUCCAAACAAUGAUAUUACCAAGUCACAAGAAGAGAAAGUGAAAAAAAGGCCACUUUGCAAGUUUGGUUCUGCCUGUUAUCGAAAGAACCCCUGGCAUCUGGAAGAAUUCUACCAUCCGCACUUGGAUUAUAAAGGUGGAGGAACUACAGGAAAUAGUAAUAGAGAAAACUCAAGAGAUGAAGGAUCUGAGCCACCAAAAAAGAAGCCCAAAGAUUCUGCACCAGAUGAGGCUACUAAAAAGAGCAUAAGCUCCAAGAUGUCCUUCCCGUCUCGUCUUGCUGCCAGUAAACCUUUUAAUCUGUUUCUCAACAAAAGCUUCAGCAUAAAGGAAACUCAUGAAGAUCCAUUGACUCUAGUUUUUCCAGAUCUUCUCAAUUCUCAAUUGGGAGAGGUUGUGGAGUCUGUCCAGCUGAACUUCAUGGUUGACCUUGACUUUCUCAUGAGCAACUAUAAGGCUGGUGGAGUAGACAGAAAGCCUCUGCUUGUAAUGUACGGGGAAAUGGAAGGUGACCCCAAAGAUUAUUCUUCCCUGACAUGUGUUAAGGUCAAUCUUCCAUUUCUUUAUGGGACUCACCACACUAAGAUGAUGAUAUUCCAGUAUCAAGAUGGCCUUCGGGUUGUUGUACACACUGCAAACCUUGUCCCAGAUGACUGGUAUGAAAAGACCCAGGGAUUCUGGGUGUCUCCUGUGUUUCCAGUACUAGAAAAUGGGAAAUCUGGCCUUCUAGAUGGAGAGUCACCCACACGCUUCAAACGUGACCUAAUAGAGUACUUAUUGUCAUACAAAGCUCCUGACCUCACACGCUGGUCAAAUAUCAUUAAGAAAUAUGACUUUAGUAGCUGCAAUGUGGUGUUUGUGGGCAGCACUCCUGGGUAUCAUAUAGGAGAGUACAAAGACCGCUGGGGACACAUGAAGGUUCGCAGGAUAAUACGACAACAUGCAAGUACUUGGAAGUCAUCUUCACCAAUAAUUGUUCAGUGCUCCUCCAUAGGUAGCUUAGGAAAGGAUGCCAAAUCUUGGUUAAGUGGAGAACUUGGCAUUAGCUUCACUGGGGCAGCUGCAUUGUGUCCCAGUCCUCCACUGGUCAAUGUUGUGUAUCCGAGUGAAGAUGAUGUUCGUAACAGCAGCCAAGGAUGGAUGGGUGGCUCCUGCCUACCAUAUAAUUCAGCUACACAUGAGAAGCAGACUUGGUUACUACAGCAUUUUCAUGUCUGGCGAAGUGAAAAGAGAAAACGAACGCGGGUUAUGCCACACAUCAAGACCUAUACCCGGCUAAACAAGAGUUGCUCAUCAGCACAGUUUUUGCUUCUUACUUCAGCAAAUCUGUCGAAGGCAGCAUGGGGAAUGCUGCAGAAGCAAAAUACUCAGUUAUUUAUUCGAUCAUAUGAAGCAGGAGUCCUGAUUCUUCCCAAAUUUCUUAAUGAUGGCGAAGAAUUUAAUUUAUCAUUGCCAGGUACCCCAGACUGCCUCUCUCUGCCAUAUGACGUCCCACUGGCUCCAUAUCCAGAUGGAACAAUGCCUUGGUUAAUGAACACAAGCAAAAAACAGCCUGAUAUUUUUGGCCGUACAUACCCAUAAAAUGUUAAAAUCUUAUCAUUAUUAGUUAUCUCAGGUAAAUCUUUUAUUUUGGGGGAGGCUAGUCCCCUUAGUGGUUCUCUUAUCUUAUGUCACUCACAGUUAGGACAUUGUGAAUACACCUGACUAGGUGAUUAUCUCAACCCAUCAAGAACAAGUAUCUUUGCUGAUAAUUUUGCCCCCCCCCCUUCCCCUAUGGGACUGGUGAACACACAUGGAUCAAAAGAUAGAUCCAUUACUGAGGUGAACUUUUCACAAUAACACAGAGAUAUACAGAAAUACACUCGAUCUCCCACUCAGUUAUGUUUGGAAACACUGAAUUAUCAAACAAAAAUCUGGAUUACCUAAUCAUCUCGGAUAUCACUAGAUGAUGUCCACAAGAGAUGGCAGGAGCCCACUCAACUAGGGAAUUGGAGAAGAUAGCCACUUCUUUCUUGCUUGAUGCAUCACCAUAAUCUGAAUACCUAUGGAUCUUGGCUGAGACACUUUAGAUAAAGUAUUAAGAUAAAUUUCCUGGCCAUCUUUAGGGCUUAAAACAACUAUGCAUCGACAACCAAGUUUUAAAAUAAUUUUACAACAUGCUUGCCAGAUUUAAUUGUAUGUCUGUUUGCUACUGUUGUUCUUCAGCUUGGUUUCAAAAACCAUAUCUCUUGCAUUGUUAUAAGAUCAGUAACCACCAGUGAUAUCUUCUCUAUCACUGAGAAUAACAUAACUAAGGUGGUUAUGUUAUAACCACCUUAGUUAUAACCACCCACCUAACAUAACUAAGGUUACCCCUUUGGGAAGACUUCUUGAGUCAAUGAGAAAAUCCACUUGGGUUAUGUGGUGGACGCGAACCUAUGACCCCAGCAGUGGUUUACCUCAGUUGUUGGUUGAUCUCUGGUCUUCACAUGGCUCCCCUCCUUGUUAAAGGGGCAAGAUAAACUGUUUCUUUUUUCCUAGUGAGCCGAUAUAGUUAAUAGGAGACAAGCUUAUUCACAAUGUCCUAACUGGGCUAGUAACAUAAGCAAGGAGAGCCACCAGUGUACUGAUCAGAAGGGAGAAUUUGGUACACUAGUGCCCUCUAUUUUUGUUGGAGGGAGUGUAGGUGAUUACAAUAGUUAUUUUAUUAUAUUUAUAUACCAACUUUUAUGUGCCUCACAUGUGUCAAUUCACUGAUGCAGUACACUUUAUACACUUGUCUUAAAGAUUUUCUGAUUGGUCAUAAAACAACCAGAUUUCUGUGGGGUCCCCAUUGGCUCCCUGAAGCUAUCCAAAUUGACAUGUGCCAUAUUAUUUUGGUGUCAUCGGUCCCUGGAGUUUUGUGCCUACCGGAGACUACAAGCCAGACGCUAGUCCCCUCAGAGAGGCGCAGGGAGCAAUGGCCAUGUGAGCACCCUACAUUUAGAUUUUGUCAUGUCUUUCAUAGACUAGGGAUACCGCCAAAAAGGUAGAAAAACCAUACAAAUCUCCAACUGGUUAAAAUUGCAACCUAUGUCUGAACAGAGCCAACACCCACCCCCCACCCCCAAAUGAAAAAAGCAAAUCGUCUUCCAACUAGCUUGCCUGCUCGUUAAUGCUCUUCCCCCCCCCUCCCCCAACAGGGGAAGCUCGCUCAGGCGAGCUGGCUCGACCCCUCGGUUCAUUGACUGCUGUGCCUGGUGUCAAGAUGUCUCCUCUAGCCUAGCUUUCCUGUCUGGAUGGAACAGCCCUUGUGGCUGUUCCAGCUGUGUGAGGGGUUUUGGCCAGGUGUUCUCAUUAUGCUAGGCUGCAUGUGCCUAGGAUUACCUUCCCUAGGUUCCCAGUAAGUACUUUCCUUGUGUUCUAGGGUUUUCUUCCCUGAGACGUUUGGGUCUCACUUCCAUUUGAGGGCUUCAUCGCUUGUUGUUGUUCUCGCCCUUGGGAUACAUCGGGAGUCUUUGGCUUCCUGUCUUGCCCCAGGUAGGGAGUGGAUUUUACUAGGUGGGAUGCACUGAGGCCUGCGCAGCUUGCAUACACGCGACUGGCUUGUGGCGGCCAAGCGUUCAUAGCGACGGCGGAUUCAGCUUCCUUCAGGCUCUCUGAUCCAGCUUCAUUCGAAUUACACCCCUGUGGUUCAUUGUCUCAAAUGUGGGGGGAGGUGUGCUCGUUAGCACACGAGCAUACCACCUUUCUGGUGGUAUCCCCAGUCGAUGGCAGACAUGACAAACUCUGAAUGUAGAUUGCUCAUAUGGCCAUUGCUCCCUGUGCCUUUCUGAGGGGACCAGAUUCUGGCUCAUAGUCUCCAGUAUGCACAGAACUCCAGGGACCGAUGACACCAAACUAAUAUGGCACAUGUCAGUUUGGAUAGCUUCAGGGAGCCUCCAGGGCUCGCCCAGAAAAUGGUGUUUCAUUACAUUCAACGACGGUUGUAUUGGAAUAUUUUAAAGCUAAUAGUUUGUUAUUUUAUGUAAAUAUGGCAUGGACUAAAGCAGUGUUCUUCAAACUCAGGGUCACAACCUGUUACUGGGUUGUCGUAGAUUAUUACGUGGGUCUUCCAUAAAGAUUAAAACUCAUAUUGGUGCAUAAAAUUUGUCAUUUAGCAUAAUAAUAAUAAUAAUGGUACAGUAAUAGUAAUAAUAAUGAUAUAGUAUUCAUAAAGAUGAUAAUACUAAUGAUUUAAUUUCAUAUUAAAAAACUAUUUUUUAUGCAGAUAAAUGAGUCACAAAACGUGGCUGUAGAUAUGAUGACCAGAUCCCUCAUCAGAUGGAGAAACGAUGGACAGACUGAAAUUUCGUUGUUAUCCAUCUUCUGUUGUGUGGUUUGGUCAUCAAACUAUGUUUUAUAAUGUUUUUUCUGAAAACUUGAGCUAUCAUUUAUUAACUUUGAAUCAUGAUCAAAAUUUUUUUUCUUAUACUGGAUUGUGUGAGAAAAAAUUUGAAGAACACUGGCAUAAAGGAUAUAAAGGGUUCCGAUGUAAUAUACUGUAUCAGUUUAAGUAUUUAUAUAUUUUGCAAAUAUUUAAACAAAAAUUA